AUGAAUCCAGACGCAGAAAAGGUCAGCUACAGCCUCUUCUCCUGUAUCGGAACCGGUUUCGCGGCCAUUGCCCUCGGGGCACAGCUCAAACGGUGGUAUGGAAUCGAGGACAUCCAGUUCUUUGAGCGUCACAGCUCGCUCGGCGGGACAUGGUUCAUAAACAAGUAUCCAGGCUGCGCCUGUGACGUUCCGAGCGCGCUGUACAGCAUCUCCUUCGCGCCGAACCCCGACUGGACCAAGGUCAUGCCCUCUCACUCUGAGCUCUGGGAGUACCUCGACAAGGUGGCCCGCGACUACGACCUCGUGAGGAAGAUGGCCUUCGACUCGCCCGUCGAGCGCUGCGAGUGGAUCGAGGACCGAUCCCGCUGGCGGCUGACCAUCCGCCACCGCCAGUCGGACACCACCUACUACCACGAGUCGCAGUUCCUGUUUGCCGCCACCGGCUGCCUCGUCACCCCCCGCGAGAUCGACGUGCCGGGCGUGGAGACUUUCAGGGGCGAGGUCGUGCACACGGGCAAGUGGCGCCCGAUCGACCUCGAAGGGAAGAAGGUCAUCAUGUUUGGCAACGGGUGUACGGCUUCCCAGGUCGUGCCGGCCAUCGUCCACAAGACGAAGAGCUUGACCCAGGUUGUGCGGACAAAGCACUGGAUCAUGCCGUCCCUCGACGCCGACGUCCCGCCGUGGGUGCGUCUGGUUCUCAAAUGGGUGCCCGCCGUGGCGUGGCUCCAGCGGCUCAUGAUCUUCUGCGUCGCGGAAAACUCAUUUCGAGGUUUCCGCAUGACGGACGGGGGCAAGAAGUUCAGGGCCAGCCAGAGGAAGGUGUCGGAGGACUACAUGAGGGCCGCGGCGCCCGCAAAGUACCAUGACAUGCUGAUACCCGACUUCGAGGUCAACUGCAAGAGACGAAUCUUUGACCCGGGCUACCUCCAGAGCAUACAUGCCGACAACUUCGACCUGACGGAUGAGAAGGUUGUCGAGAUCACGCCCGACGGUGUCAGAACGGCCAACGGCUUCAUCGAGGCCGACGUGCUCAUCUUUGCAACCGGCUAUCACACCAACCAGUUCGCAGCAGGCAUCGACGUCCGUGGCCGCGGCGGCGAGACUCUCGAGUCGCGCUGGGAGGCUCUCGGGGGAGAGGGGGCGUACAACACCACGGCCAUGAGCGGGUUUCCAAACUUUUUCUUCCUUCUCGGCCCCAAUUCCGUCACAGGACACACGUCCACCGUCAUGGCUCUGGAAAACUGCAUCAACUACGCCUUGCGUGUCAUCAAGCCUGUCCUGAAAGGACGGUCGGCCACCGCGAUGAUCAAGAGCGAUGCCGAACAACGCUACGUCGACGACAUCCAAGACGCCUUGCAGAAGACGGUCUGGAACACGGGAUGCGGCGCUUGGUACACCAAGACCUCCAGAGACGGCACCAAGAGAUGGAACGCGAUGGGUUACCCGUACUCUCAGCCGCACUUCUGGUAUCGCUGUCUCUUCCCCGUCUGGUCGGACUGGCAAUACAGUGGACGAGCCGCUUAUGCUUCGCAGAUUCAUACCCAAGGUUCUGGCGUCUGGAUCACGGCGGUACUGGUUGCCAUCGUGACCCUCGCCGUCCUGGGCUUUCUCGGGAGAGACUGGCUUCGUGGGAUCGUGCCAGACCUGUCGGCGGCAACUCGAGGUUCUGCUGCGUUUGUGCCUAAUUAUCUGUGA